GGUUUGGACGGUUUUUAAAGAGGGAAACGGGAAAUAAAAUUGUGUUUUAUAUUUGCUUUUUAAUAGAUUUUUAACCACUAUAUCUCAUUAGAAUCCCAAUUUGCAAACUACGCCAAUAGGCAAUGGCUAUGCGCUCAUAAAUCUAUAAAUUGUACAGAAUGCUAAAAUAUAAGUAGUAUAUUUACAAUUUACCAGGUUGUAAAGAAUCCUCUGUGAAAAAAGAAAUGAAGCCAUUCGAGAAGCGUAAUACUAACAAACCCAAAAGCAAGAGAAGAAGUAUUCGACUUCAGAAUUUAGUUAGAGUAGAAGAAUCUAUUAAUAAAGAUAACCAACUGAAUGGCGCCAAUCCCACAUAUAACAAAAAAGAAGAGGAGUGUCAUUUGAACAAUUCCACACUAGAAAGCAGUGCUAAAAUAGUUGAACCAAAUGCAAUCCCCAAUGUUAAGCCAAAAUCACCGAUUAAAACCUACGUAAAUCCACGUAAAUAUGUUGAGAAGCCAAAAACUGUGGAAAGUUUCGGUUUACCCGACAAUCCGUUCAUCACCGUACAUCCUCUUAGCUUAUCGAAACUAGAUAAUAUUUUAGAUACUAAAGUGCUGGAUGCCAAAGAAAUAACCCUGCAAGAUUUAGAAUUCAUCGAGAAACCAUGGCACAUCAUCGAUUUGAAAGAUGAGUUAUUCCAGCUAACCGAAGCCCAAACAAAAUCUAAUACGAACAGUUGUGCUGUUAUUCAUUGCCCGUUAGACACUAACAAUUUAAAUUCUUCGCUUGAAUCGCAUGAAAUUGAAAUAUGUAAAACCAAUUCUCACAAUAAGCAGUCCGUAAAUAUUGAAACCUACCAGUCGACUAAAACGCUCAAAAAGUCGAAUUCUUUUGCGGACAUGCUGGAUCAGCGAUCGUGUAAACCGAUUUAUAAUUUGAGAAGAUCGUCAAGCCAAACAGAAGUUCGUGGUAAUCGCUCUAAGAAGCGGCUCGAGGUCAAAUUGUUUCCACUUUUGAUGAAGUCUAAACGUAAACAGAUAGUGCAAAACGAGAAUGAUUCAAUUCAUUUACCAAGCGAAAUGUUUCCGGACCAUAUUUCAUCACCAGCUUACGCAAGCACCCCGAAUAAAUCGAAACGAAAAAGAAGCAAUAAAAAUAGGACUAAUGGUGAAGAUAAAAGCCCGGUGGUUAAAGAAGAUUUAAACCGUUCAAGUGUUACAAGUAUAUCUGAUCAAGAUGAUAAUUCUCUGCUAAGCGAGGAGAGCAAAAGUUUUAAAAUAUUAAGAAAUCGGACUGUACCCAGUAGCAGUGAACGUCGAAAACGCAGGAGAAUCAAUUCUAAUUCGACCCAAGAAACGGAUAGUUUGUUAACAGACGAAGAGAAUUUCGAAAAAUCUGGAUCUUGUUUAAAUAUUCGAAAAUUAAGAAGCCACUCUAAACGUCUACCAGUGAAAAAUGAUAUUGAUCAAUCCUUUAUAAUCCAGUCAAAAUCCGAAGAAUCUAACCAAUUACCCAGUAAUUCAGAGAACCAAUUAAAAGAGCUUAACCAAAUGGUCACUGAAGCUUCGCCAACUGUUAAUGAAAACCAUAUCAACAUACCAGUAAUUUCUGAAGACUCUUCUUUAAACAGCACAUUAGAUAAAACGUUAAACCAUAGUACAUCACAAAUUAUUAGUGGUUCUAAAUUAAAAGAAAAACGUAAGAGAGGCAGACCAAGAAAAAAUCGCCAAAAAAGAUAUUUUACUGAUAAUAAUCCAACUAACAAAAUUAAAGAACUUUGUCAAACCGACACAGAAACUUCAUUGACUGAUUAUGAAGACCACACAAACGUUUCAGUUAAUUACCAAAAUGCAUCAUCUGGUAACACUCUAAAUAAAAAGUUGUUAACAGAAAGUUUGAAUCCAAUUACUGGCGAUCCUGUAUUAAGAGUUCAAACCAGAAAACUCAGAGGUAGGCCAAGAAAAAUCGAAAAUAAAGUACAUCAGAUUGAUACAGAUGAUUCAACGGUGGAAAGUGAAUCUCAGAGUGAUAUUAAAUUUGAUACGUGUUUGAAUAAAAACGCAAGUGAAGUUUCUAAAAAGAAAAAAAGGAGGAAAGUUAUUGAUAGGACACCAACAGAAGGUUCGUUAAGUACUAAAGAAUCAACCAGCACAGUACUGUUAACGUCUGAAAACAAAUUUUCAACAAAUAACUUGGAACUGUCGCCUUCUAUCGAACAACAGAGAGAAUCCAGAAGCAAAAUUGAAAACCUUAAUGAAACUAUCAGCAGAAGAAAAUUGAGAAGCUCGAUAACAAAUAACGAAGAGACACAGUCAUUGGUAACCAAUUUUAGAAACAAUAUACAAUCUAGGAAACUAAAAAAAGUGACUAACAAUGUAUCGAAAGGCAAUUCCAACAAAACAUCACCUAAACUCAUUGAGAAUACACCAGAAGAUGUCGAAGGAAUUGAUGAAAAUCAAUUGAAAGUUUCUUUAAUCAAAGAAAAAGCAAUUGAAGUAUCAAAACUAGGUAGUAAUGCAAAAAUAUUAAACGAAGAUCUGCUAAUUAACAACAAUAUUUCAUCAAGUGAAGUUGAAGCCAGUGAAGAUGUGAUGCAAAUUAAUAAUCAACCAAUAAGUCAAGCUCAAAAGAAUGAUAAAACAGUAAACAAAGCGAAUGGAAUUUUGAGUUUUAAAAUAAAUAAGAAAAGCAAUCAUCAAGUCAAAAAACGAAAUGCUGCAGCAAGCACGGCAACAAACAGUGUCGAUAAUUUACAAACUGAUAAGGAAGUUAGAGAUAAAAGUGAAGAUCUUAGGAGGAUUGAAUCUGAACAAGAUGAAGUGUUAAAUAGUAGUGGAAAGUCAAUAAAAGGAGAGGAAGGAAGCGAUAAUCAGAAAGUAGCAAACGCUAAUCAAAACAAAACAGAUAACAGUGAACACGAUACUGAAAUAGCAAAAUUUGAUAACCGCAACAUAAUUGAAAAUACAUCACAAUUAACUAAUGAUAAAAUGGAAGAACAAAUAUUAAAGAAGUCAAAUGGAGACCUGGCUGAUGCAAAUCACAUAAAUAUUGAUUUAGAACUCAAUGAAUUGACUAAAAAAGAUCAAGAAUUGCAAAAAGAUGUUAUUAAACACAAUAAAGUAGUAGAUUGUCGAGGGAACAGUGCUAAAGAAGUUCAGCAAGAAAAUCACCAUCACAAUGAAGACUUUUCUAAACUUGAAAUAAAUAAACAAGAUAAAUUCGUUGAUUCGAAACCAACUAUUAAAAAUGGAACAUUAACCAGUGUUAAUCUAACGGAAACAGUCAGACAAAAAUCCAAAGUUUUAUUAAAUAGAACACUAUAUACUUCACCAAUCAGCAAACAUAUCUUUGAAAAUAAACAAAAAUGCAAAUCAUUAUCUAACUUAAAGACUACUAUGGUUAAUGGAAAUUUCAAUGUAAAAGAAGAUAAAUGUAAAUACACUAAGCAGACGCCAGUGAUAAAAAAUAGACAAUUUCAACAAAAUGGCAUUAGAAUUGUUAGCAAGAAUCAAUCGGAGGAAUUAGAAAAAGAUAUUUCUAUCAAUUCAUUACCUAAUAAAGAAACAUGUGAGAAUAGUAGGGAAUUAGAAAAACCUGUCAUUAAUGACAUCAAUUCAUCUCACGAUAAAAAAUAUGGAAACAAUGGCAAAGAAGAGAUUCAUAUGAAAAAUCAUUACCCAAAAGAAAAUGGAUUACUUGAAGAAUGUAAACAGAAUGGAUAUGAUGAUAUUAAUAAGAAGCGUUCUAAGCAACCUGAACUACAAACUUUAAGUUCACAAGAACCACUCCAAAUCACACAUAAUUCGAUCUUAAACAAGAGCUCUGAGAAGGAAAACGAUCCUGAGUGCUCCGAACGACAUUCAAAUGGCGCAAUAAAUGGAGAAAUCGGGGCUGGUGGGCCAUUGCAAUUACAAUUCCAGUGCAAUUUAAACCAAAAAUUAACCAAGUCUGAAUCAAAAACGACGUACAACAAGGACUCGUCAUCAAAGGAAAUCAGAAACACACUCAGAGAGAAUGAAGAAGACGAGAGUAGUUACCUUUUAGAGUGCAUCGAUCAAUUUCUAAACGAGAAACCAAUAGCGGCAGAUUUAGACGAAAAGCUUGACAAACUUAAAUCUCGAGAUAAGAGGCAGGAUCCACCUCGCUCUCCGAUUCCCACCAGAAGCAAAACAAGUAGUUCAAUUGACGAAAGCAGCAAAAAACCCAACAAAACCACUGCAUAUAAUGAAUCAGUCGACAACAAAACCAUCAAUUCUUCAAUUGCAAUCAAUAAUGAGGCAGUUGUUGAUUCACCUGCUUUAGCUUCUUCGAUAACCACCAAGGAAUAUCAAAUUAAAGCAACAGUUCCGAAUGUAAUCCACGAAGAUGGUGUUAAUGGAGAGUGUGACUCAACUUUGGUCGAUAAUUCACAUAAAACCGACUCUCCUAUUGAAUCUUCAUCAAAUGUGGCCAAUAAUGCUUGCCUUACACAAGAACUAACUUCAGAGCCGGGUUCAUUAGAUAUUACAUUAACUACCGGCAACAAAGAGCUUGUUACUGACGAAGAAAACGUUGUGGAUUUACUACCAAUUGAGUUAAAAGAGAACAAAACGCCUCAUACCGAGGAAAACCUCAUUGAGACUACUUCAACAUCAUCUAUUGAAACCAAUCUUAACUCGACUAUCAGCGAAAAUUUAUUAACAUCUUCCGGCAUCUCUGAUAAAGUUUAUCUCAUAGAAGCAGAAACAGGUGAUCAUAGAGGUGUUGAAGAUGGUGAUUCGUUUAUAAUCAGCGAUGAUCCCUCUUUGAUUGCUACUGGUAAUGAAUGCCUCGCUGAGAAAGUACCUACAAAAGUCAUUGAAUCUUCGAAUGUUGCUAUAGUUAAACAGGAAAUCGAAAAUAUAGAGGAAAAUAAUGGCUUGGUAGAUCAAAUUGAUUGUAUUACCAGUCAGUAUACUGAUUUUUAUGAACCUCUCGCUGAAGAAGUACCUUCAAACGUGAUCGAAUCACCGAGCGUUAAAGAAGUAAAACAAGAAAUGGACGUUCAAGAGGAAAAUGAAGGAUUUGAUUGCAACAGUCAAUGCAGUGAUGUGCAUGAACAAGAGAAACGUUUGGACUUUUACGAAGAUAGCUAUCGGGAUACUAGUACUGUUGGUGUAAAAGAAGAAGGUGAUGAUUCCUCUUGGGCAGAUUUGUCGAAAUUCAGUAACGGCGAUGAGUUUGAAGAUUCCAAGUAUUCGUUGACACCUAGAAGAAGGAGAGCCGGUGGAAAGAAAAGACGGAAGCACAAUGCACAGAAUAAAAAAAUAAUAUUAGAUUAUUAUCAAAAUUGCAUAAUUCCUGAUCAGUAUCAUUUGAAAGAAGGCGAUAUCAUUUGGGGACAACUCGCAAGAUAUCCGUACUGGCCUUGCAUCAUUACGAACGAUCCAAAUACGAACAGUUUCACCAAAACAGAGAUUAAAGGCUUCAAAGAAUAUAACUCUAUUCACGUGUGCUUCUUUGGCGACAGAGGAAGAAGAGCAUGGAUAGCUCGCGGUAAAAUUAUAAAAUUCACCGAUAAAAACGACCUGCGAAGGAUUUACAACGAUUUAAAAGGGUUUCAAAGUAGUUCCGAAUUGAAAGUAUUCUGCAUCAGCGGCGGAAGUAUGUGCAAGAAGUUCACCAAAGCUAUAGAGGAAGUGGAGUACGUCAAAACUCACAAUUUAAAUGUAGAGGAGAUAAUCGAAUAUAUGGCCAAUGCGAAAACGGAAGCCAAUCAAGUGGAAGAUGACAACAGUAGAGGAAGAAAACGAAAGUUGGACAACGCCAUUGAAAUUAAAAUGGAAUUCUCGCCGAAAUUGGAACCUAACGCGGAGCCUAACGAUGGAAACAACGCCAAAAAAAUCAAACUGGGCAACAAAACGUCACCGCAACCAACGAGCAAGGAAAAACCGCGUAAAAAAUCCACCGAAGAACCGCUUUCGAUUCCGAAAGAAGAGCCGGUCGAAGAAGAAGAGGAGCCCGAAGAGGUGAUCGUCACUGACGAAAUCUCCGGAGAAGAAUACGUUACCACCGUCGAUCACAUCCAGAACUUCGGCUCGUACUCGUUGAGGGAGCAAAAAUCGCUGUUCAAACGCAACAACCUCUUCAGGGGCUAUCCAAAGGAGAAGGCGUGCCAGUUCUGCUUCGAUUUCGGGGAGGUGUACAAGUGCAAAGGCGGAUGCUACGGCGUUUAUCACUUAUCUUGCGCCGCCGACAUCGUCGCCCAUAAAACUCCUAAACGCACGAAAACGAGAAUGUCAAAAAUGGACAAUGAGGAUAUCUACACGAAAGAAAAACGCGAACAAGCAGGUCGAUCGGAAAUGGAUACUCAAGUUGAGAUCAUCACCAUACCAUCGAACGUGUGCGCUACACCCCCUCGGAAAACUUUUCCUCCCGAUUGCGAAAACAUGGAUUUGGCCCAAAGGAUUGAUUUUAAAAUGAAAGAAAUCAUGAAAAAAUUCGAAUCUACGGCUUACAUGAAAAUGUGCAACGAAUUGUCGCCUGUCGCCAACGGUUCUAUUAGAAGGUACCAACAUUGGCGAGAUAAUAAUGUCGUCGAACAGGAAUCCGGGUUAAUUUCCCAAUCACCGAACAAUUUGAGCGAAGGCGACAAAAAUAUACCAACCACAUCGAAACAAACUGUUUUAAAUGAAGAAGGAUUGUUAGGUGAAUCGCCAUAUAGUCAACUACAAGAAACUGAAACCGACAAAUCAUCCAGCAAGAAAAAACCGUCGAACAAAAUUAAAAGAACUACCGCGAUUAAACACGUGACGGCCGACAGCGAACCCAUCGAAGGCCCCGAUUCCAACAGCAGUAAGCGAGACGUUGACGUCUUCAUAUGCGGUUUCUGCGCGGACGACGUCGAUCCUUAUUGCUUCAUUUGCUGCGAUAGCGUAUCGAAGACGGGCUUCAAAAUACGCCACAAGUGUUCGUUGCCCCACUGCUCGCGAUUUUACCACCCGGAGUGUUUGAAAUUGUGGCCGCAAACGCAGUGGUCGUUGAUUCAAACCACCAAAAACAGGUUUUCUCAAGAGGAAGUCGACAGCUUCGUCUGCCCGCAACACGUGUGUCACACGUGCGCUUCGGACAAUCCUCGCGCCUCGAUGCCCCGAUGUUCCGGAGAUAAGAUCGCCAAAUGUCUGUUGUGUCCGGCCAGUUACCAUUCGACGAAUAUGUGCGUUCCCGCCGGCACGGAAAUCAUCAGUUCGACGCAAAUUGUUUGCCCUAGACACAUUAACAAGAGCAACACAAUCAACACUACGUGGUGUUUGAUAUGCAGCGAAGGCGGGAAUUUGAUCUGUUGCGAAAACUGCCCGACCAGCGUCCAUCCGGAGUGCCUCAUGGUCAAUCUGGCCGACGACGAGAAGUUCAUUUGCGAGGAUUGCGAAUGCGGACGGCUGCCGCUCUACGAUGAAAUCGUCUGGGUGAAGAUGGGACACUACAAAUGGUGGCCCGGUUUGAUAUUGUAUCCCAAUGAGAUUCCGCAUAAUGUGAUGAACAUUAAACACUCGGCCGGCGCAUUCGUGGUGAAAUUUUUCGGCACCUACGAUUACUUUUGGGUAAACAGAGGUAGAUCCUUCUUAUUUCAAGAUGGUGAUACUAUAGACAUGCGUAUGACUACGAAGAGUAAAAAGGUGAAGACUAUGUAUAUUAGAGCCGUCGAGGAGGCGGUCAUUGCUCACAAAUUGAAAAAACAAUUCAAAUCUAUCCUCACCACAGCGACCCAAAGCUGCCAAAAACCACCGCCUUACAUCAAAAUAAAAGUGAGCAAACCCGUUGGAAACGUAAAACUAUCCGACAUGGAUUUAAGUAACAUCACUGCCUGCGAAUGCGAUCCCACUCUACCGAAUCCCUGUGGACCGGACAGUAAUUGCCUCAACAGAUUAUUGUGGACCGAGUGCAACCCGGAGGUAUGUUCGGCCGGCGAAUCGUGCAAAAACCAAUUGUUCGAGAAACGCGAGUACCCGCCGUUGGUACCGUGCAAAACCGAGGCGAGAGGAUGGGGCCUCAAGACGUUGGCACCGAUUAGCAAGGGCCAAUUCAUCAUUGAAUACGUAGGCGAGCUCAUCGACGCCGAGGAGUACCAAAGGAGGAUACAAAAGAUGCACGAACAGAAAGAUGAAAACUACUAUUUUCUUAUCAUCACUCCCAAUAGGAUAAUAGAUGCCGGUCCGAAAGGGAACGUUGCCAGAUUUAUGAACCACUGUUGCCAACCGAAUUGCGAAACGCAAAAAUGGACGGUAAACGGCGAGACUAGAGUGGGUUUGUUCGCUAACCAGGACAUACUGCCGCACACCGAACUGACGUUUAAUUAUAAUUUGGAAUGUACGGGUACCGAAAGGAAGGAGUGCAAAUGCGGAGCGCCGAAUUGCAGCGGUUUCAUCGGGCUCAAAGCCAAGCAGUUUCAGGAGGUGAACGAGACGAAGAAGGUGAAAGCGAAGAAAACGAAGCGGAAAAGAAGAAAGGCCGUUAAACAGUUGAAUUCUAGCAAUUCGAACGUUUGAAAUUUGACAAAAUGACCGGAAGGAAAUGUAAAUAUCGUGUACAAAUAGCUUAAAUUAGUUUAGAUCUUAACGUUUAUUCGUCGAUUCAAUUUUUGUAGCUAUAUUGAGUAAAUGGAAUUAAUGAUGUGAACUUAGUUUUAGACACGUCGUGCGGUUUUUAAUGUAAAAAUUAUUAUUUACGAAAUGUUUUUAUUUACUUUUUUGAAAUAAUAAUCAUUCCGUUGUUUACUUUUAUAGAAAUAAUGUUGUUUAUUUA